AGGGAAUGGGCUCUUCCGUGCUCCUCACAUGAUGAGCGAGGCACUUUCGCUUUUCCAUAUAUAGAGGCCAGGCGGCGUGACAGCUCCCGAGAGGGAGAAAGCAGGCGAAGGUGGUUGCGACGCGCUUUUACGCAGCCAGCUGGAACCUGGAAGACUCUGCGCCUCUGGCCAAGAGACCGCGCCGCUCGCCUGCUCUGCCUUGAGAGCGGGAGAUCGCCCACCUCCCCGAGAGCUUCUUUUCUCCGAGAACCAACCGCCUCUCUCCCCCCCUCCUGCCCCAAAGAAAUUCGUCCGAAUCCAUCAUGAACGGGACUUUAGAUUGCCUGCAGGACCAUACGCUGAACGAAGAGCAAGGGGCGUUCAUGUUCACGUCGGAAUCAGUCGGAGAAGGACAUCCAGACAAAAUAUGUGAUCAGAUCAGCGAUGCCGUCCUUGAUGCCCACUUGAAACAAGAUCCAGAUGCCAAAGUUGCUUGUGAGACAGUCUGUAAAACAGGAAUGGUCCUCCUCUGUGGUGAGAUCACCUCCAGGGCUGUUGUGGAUUAUCAGCAGAUUGUGCGAGACACAAUUAUGAACAUAGGCUACGAUGAUUCAGCUAAAGGCUUUGACUACAAGACCUGUAACGUUCUUGUGGCUUUGGAGCAACAGUCGCCUGAUAUCGCCCAGGGGGUUCAUCUACACAGGAAUGAAGAAGACGUUGGCGCUGGAGAUCAGGGCCUGAUGUUUGGCUACGCAACUGAUGAAACGGAAGAAUGCAUGCCUCUAACCAUUAUCCUUGCUCACAAGCUGAAUGCCAAAAUGGCCGAGCUGAGACGCAAUGGAGUCCUCCCUUGGCUUCGACCAGACUCCAAAACCCAGAUCACAGUUCAAUAUGUCCAGGAAGAUGGAGCAGUCAUCCCUGUGCGGGUUCAUACCAUUGUCAUCUCUGUGCAGCAUGAUGAAGGCAUUUCCUUGGAUUCCAUGCGCAAGGCCUUGCAAGAAAACGUGAUCAAAGCUGUGGUGCCAGCCCACUACUUGGAUGACAAUACCGUUUACCACCUUCAACCCAGCGGCCGUUUUGUCAUUGGAGGGCCACAGGGUGAUGCAGGAGUUACUGGCCGGAAAAUCAUUGUGGAUACUUACGGUGGAUGGGGAGCCCAUGGAGGUGGAGCUUUCUCGGGCAAGGACUACACAAAAGUGGACCGAUCAGCGGCCUACGCAGCCCGGUGGGUGGCCAAAUCUUUAGUGAAAGCAGGGCUGUGUCGUCGGGUUCUGGUUCAGGUUGCCUACGCUAUUGGAGUGGCUGAGCCGCUGUCCAUCUCCUUGUUCACCUAUGGUACCUCUGCCUACACUGAGCAAGAGCUGCUCAACAUUGUCCACCAAAAUUUUGACCUUCGACCCGGAGCCAUUGUCAAGGAUCUGGAUUUAAAGAAGCCCAUUUAUCAGAAAACAGCUUGUUACGGUCAUUUUGGAAGAAGUGAAUUUUCUUGGGAAGUUCCGAAAAAGCUCGCCUUCUAACUUUCUUGGGCCAACCUCUCUCCAUUUCGAAGGAACAGUGUUUUACUACCCCGAGUGCUUCCAUUGACCAUUGUCAGUGCUGAAGAAAAAUAAUAAUGGAGAAAUAUUCCCUCUUUGCUUUCUCUACGUAUCAGUCCAUGCAGACUUGGAUAAAUUCGGGGCAGACGGAUGCCAUUUUAAUUUUGUCUAAUGCUGCUAUUUUGGGGUAGGGGAGAAAAUUCCAUUGGAGAAGACAAGAAGGGACUUAAGCCUACAAUCAAACAAUGGACUUUUUUCCCCCAAUCCAGCAGACCUACUACAUCUUUCUAAACUACUAAUAGGAAGAAACCUUUUUCUCAGAUUUGGUAUGAUUUCUCGAUGUUUUGCAACAGGACCAUUCGAAGUUCUGGCAUCCUGCUUCCAUGUGCUAUAAGGAGUAGCUACUCUUGGAGUAAAACAGAACAUUUCCCCUAGGUUGGAGAUCUUUUUCAAGAGAAGUUCUGCCACAUUUUACUAAUUCUGUUCCAACUGUCCAAUCCAUGUUUAAUUCUUUCUUGCUCUUUCCUCUCUUAACUGCCUUACAGAUAGUCCUUCACGGAUGACCAUAAAGGAGUCUGCCUGUUAUGGUCGCAUGUCAUAACAGUCAUGAAAGCUGUAGUCAUAUAGUGAAUGUGGCAGUUGUUAAGCAGAGGCCACUGUCAUUAAGUGAACCCAUGAUUCCCUUGGGGGAAAUUUUUGCCCCCAAAAUGGAAAUAUCCGUUUUCAGCAAAACCCUUGCAGUCAUGUGACUGAGGGACACUACGAAUAACUGUAAAUAUGGCGAGAUGUUCCCAACCCCUGAUGCCCGCAAGGUGGGUCCAACACUCAAAAUUUCAAAUCUGGUUUUGAGUCCCCUUUUUGAAAUCAGUCGUGACUUCAAUGGGUCACAAAGCGAAUGAUCGUAUGUCAAGGACUACCUGUAAAAGCAAACGUUUUAGACGCAUGCUUGGUGCCUUUUAUCAAUACACAUAAAUGUUGCUGACAUUUCUGGAGCCUGUUCCAGACAGUUUUUAGAUACAAAAGGGUUUAAAAAAAGAUUGCCAGAAUAGUGGUGUAGAAGCCGCACGUUUCGGCCAAUGGUUGAGUUGGCGUGACUGAACGGUAAGCUCAAGACAUUCACGUGAGUUGGAGAGAAAUUGUCAAGAGUAGAAUAAAUCCAGCAAGAGGUGAAGGAGGACAUACGACGGAGGAGAUAGACGUAGCAGCAACUUAUAAAGCAAGGAAAUGGAGAAAGAAUGACUCUUGAGAGCUGUUGGAGAGGAGUAGGAGAACAAGAACCAUUUCCCCAGUAUUUUAAUUUAAAAUAUCACCACUGUGUACUGACCCAAAAAGUCAGGAUAGAUGUUUGCUUCAAUCAGAAUAAUAUCUUGGGCCAGUAAUAAAAGAGAGAGCCAGUCUGAUCUAGUAGUGAAGGCAUUAGGCUAAAAACCAGGAGGCUGUGAGUUCUAGUCCUGCCUUAGGCAUGAAAAUGAGCUGGCUGACUUUGAACCAAUCAACAGGAGACCAUGAGUUCUGGUCCCACUUUAGGCAUGAAAGCCAGCUGGAUGACUUUGGGCCAGUUCCUCUCUCUCAGCCAAACUCACCUCACAGGGUUGUUGUUGUGGGGAAAACAGGAAGAAGAAGGAAUAUUAGACCUGUUCCCCACCUUGAGUUACAUCUAAAAGUAGUAAAGGUGGGAUAAAAAUAUUUUUUUUAAAAAAGGCAGAAAGAGGAACGUUUCUCAUGACCUAGAGAAAUGGUUCUGCAGAAGCAAAUUGGUUUCAGGUCCCAUUUGAUGCUUCUUAGUUCAACUGGGACAAGAAUACAGAUGUGUAGUUCUACCUUAUAGGCUGUGUUUCUUGAAAUAUGAAUGUUGCAUCAAAGGAAAGCUUCCCUUGCUUGGGGUCAGGAGGGAAGGAAGCCCUCUGUGCAAGGAUCUUUGACACUUCUGUGCAUCGUCUCAUCAGAAUUCAAAUUCAGUAUUUUACUUUACUGUGUUAAGCAUCACAUAUGCUCAAUGGUGCUAUAUCAAUUGCUAUUAUUAAGAAAUGACAGGCUGGUGUCAUAAUAAUCACAAUUCUGUCUCAGGAUUACAAGCAUAUUUUGUUCCCAUCCCUGGAAAAAUCCUAUCAGUGCCUUGGUAGAUCUUUUGUUUUUAAAAUUUGGGGUAGGCUUUGCCCUCCUUCCUACAUGUCUCACUUUUUCCCACUUCUCUUGUGUGUGGCUUGCAAAUCUCUCUUGGCGUUGAUGGUUUUCUGUUUCUGAUGUUUAGGUCAUUUCUUGCAUCGCCACCAUCAAAGCUGUCUGGCAGGGGGAGAUUUUCAAAAAUGGGGGGAAGGGAUGCAAACUACACUUUUACAAUGUAUUUAAAGUGCAUAAUUUUAAUUACAUUUCAAUAAAGUUUCAAUUUAAGGGGA